AUGAAGUGGAUGGCAGGCUAUUCUCGGUUGCAAGCCGACAGCGACACGGCAUUGCAACUUGAAGUUGAGAAACCAUCCAUUUUAUCCGAUCCUUGGAUGUCAAGUUUUCGCUUGAACACGGUUGAGGCAGUAUGGCGCGCUGCAUGCUUUUUCAUGUUCAUUACCGGUGCCUUAAUGAUGAUAACAGCUUUGAGAUGGGCCCCAUCAGACAAAUACUGUGCUGCGCAGCUCAGCGUAUGGUCUCCCCUUUUGGAAGCCGUCGAGUACGAGGAGCGUGACUUUGAGAGUGGUCUUGCAUUAGACAACUCGGGCUUCACCGGCCUUCCCACCGCAGAGAUGGAAGCCAAGUGGGAAGGUCUUGCUCAAGUACCCGGUGUCUUGAUACCAUCUGACCGUGUUCCCUACCUCAACAGGAGCGUUGACCAAGGCUUUGUGCCGGCAAUUUCCAGCUCUCCUUCCUCAGGAUUCGUUGGUGGAGUCGAAGUAUUCCAUCACCUUCAUUGCCUCAACAUGUUGCGGCAAUACAUCUGGAGAGACUCUUACCCUGAAAACAUUAUACCAAGCUUACUUAAGUUGAAUUCGCCGGAAGUUGCCCGGAACCAUACAAAUCAUUGUAUUGAUACGCUGCGCCAGGCACUUAUGUGCACCGGAGACGUUACCCCAUAUCUGGUUUACAAGACCGAAGUUUCUGUUGAGUCAAAGUCGCCUAUCAGAGAAGAUUUCCAAGCAUCUCAUAAAUGUAGGAAGUUCCCUAAAUUACUAGACUGGAUGAUGAAGAAUGGGGUUGUAAUCUCGUGGGACUCGGUAAGCGAGAACAUGUAG